AUGCGUCACCUCGAAGACGACCGCUACAUGCGUGACGGAUACGCUGGUCUCGAAGUGCUCACCACGAUGGAAUGCUUCUCAGCGACGGACCUGGCGGACCUGAAUGAGCUGGUGGGCGAGGCCGAGGACGUGAACGAGUUCUUUCUUCGACCUCGUGCCGGGCCACCACCCAGUCCGACCGAGUUGGAGGCGCUGCUCGACUCUGUCCACAUGCGUCGUGAGCUGGCAUCAAUCUUGUCGGUCUACGAUCCUCACGAUCUGGCACUGCGUGCAUUCAGUAUGACUACGUUCAUGCGCCGCUUGUUGAUCCGGUACCGGACCAUUCGCGGGGAGAUGCAGGCGACCGGGUCGUCCACGAUCGAGAAGCUGUUGACCGCCCAGAAGGAGAGCUCCCAGUUCGAGGCUCACGUCACGCGGCUGCAGGGACAAUGGAGAGCUGUCUUCAAUGACCUCAAAGGGACGAAAGAGGCAACAGCGGCACGGUACCGGGCGGACUUCAAUAAACUCAUGGCGGAACACGAGGUCGAGAAACAAGCGCUACGAGACCGAAUUGCUGCCUUGGAGUUCAAGCUCAAAACAUCCAGUACGUGGGUCGAGUCCCUCGAGUCUCAGGUCUUUAACGUCGACCGCAUGAUGAACUUCCUUAACAGGAACCAGACGAAGGUGACUGGCAACUGGAAGCGUCUGGAGGAAUUGCUCAAGCACCACCGAUCCGGUACCACGCCCCCCACCGAAUGGCAGACUCUGAUCUCAGUCACCUCUGCAGAUGACGCAUUCACCGAUCCCGGGCCGUUCGAGUUCCGACACGACGGCGAUACCGACACGGAAGAGAAGGGCGACGACGGGUCUGAAUCGAGUGAGGGCAGCACAGGGUCGCGGGGCAAGCGCGUCACUAUUGUGGAUGUCACAGGCGAGGCUCCACCCGGUAAGACUUCCUCGUCAGAACGUCGAUCCAGUGGCGGCAAGCGUCGUCACAAGGCGGUGGCUCGGGUCGUGAAUCGCCCCAUAGCCUGGGAUCCAACGAGGAAGAUGCGCGCCCCAUGGACCAAGAAUAUUCAGUCGAUGAAAACCUUGCAUGCGCUUCACUCGCCGGGCUUCCCGUUGUGUGGCGCAAGCUUCGGACGGAUCUUCAGCUGGCCAUGCGGACUGGAUUGA